GGCUCAGUGCCUGCACUUGCAAUGGUGGAGAUGCCUGCAGACUGGUGUGCUCCGCUGCCAGCCCCAGAAGCUGUUUCUCCCGCAGAGGAGUUUAACCAAUUGGAGCCCCUCCUCAACGAGCCCCUGAAGGCCGGCUCAUCCUAUUUCCUCAUUAACCAGCGAUGGUAUGUGGAAUGGCUCCAAUGGGUAGGAGCGCCGAGUGUACAAAGCCCGCAGAUGCGGCCUGCUGAUCCACCACUAGACCUGGACGAUUUAGGAGAGAGUGGAUGGACCCUUGUGGAUACACCGCCAACUGCUAGACGUACCAGACAGCGAACCGGCUCUUGGACCAAAGAUCGCCCAGGCCAAAUUGACAACAGCCCACUCUUGGAGGAAAAUUCAUCGACCGCCAUCAAGAAAACCUUGGACCAGCUCAAUGACUACCGGAUUAUCUCGGAGGGUGCUUGGAAUCUGCUCUUUGGAUGGUAUGGUGGGGGACCUCCCAUCAAGCGCAGAGCCAUCACACUGCCUGGUGGCAGUGUCCAAGUAGAGCUCUUCGGGCUGACGCUCAGAGCCUUAAGAUCCAGCGAGAUGACAAUGCCGCCCUAUGAGGUGGUUGAAUCCAAGUCUACCACGAUUGGCGAGCUGAAGGCAAAUCUGUGCUCAGAGAUGAACGUGGAUGCCAGCAAAGUGCGCAUCUGGGACUACUUCGAACUUAAACCGUUUGCGCUUUUGGAGGGCCAUCUGGAUGCAACCUUGGAAUCUCAACGAAUUAUGGAUCAGAAUUACAUUCUGUUGGAAGAGCCGCUGGCGGAUGGAUCCUGGCCAAUGAAUGCAAUGAAUGAUUCGAAUGAUCACCAGAGUCAACCAGAGCCAGCAGCCACGUCAAGUGGCUACCCAUCGUAUCCGACGACAUCUUCGGACAUUACAUCAGUUGGGGAGCCCAUCCAAAGAGGCGUGGUUGGUCUACAAAAUCUUGGCAAUACCUGCUUCAUGAACAGCUCCCUGCAGUGCCUGUCCAAUGUUCCGCAGCUACGGGAAUACUUCUUGGACGGGGCGUACAAGGAGACCCUGAACCGCACUGCCCACAAGACGGAAGGCAAGCUCGCGGAAUCCUUUGCCGACCUGCUUGAUAUGAUGUGGAAACCAGACACCAGAAAGGUGGCACCACGGACUUUCAAGUGGCAGGUUGGCCAAUUUGCCGAACAGUUCAGUGGCUAUGGGCAACAGGACUCUAUGGAGCUCAUUGAAUACGUCUUGGACGGUCUGAAAGAGGACUGCAAUGCGGUUCAGGGGCAGAAACCCUACAUCGAGUUGAAAGAGGCAGAUGGCCGACCAGACGAGGAGGUAGCAGCCGAAGCGUUGGGCGCGUACCAUGCGCGAAGCAAGUCAAGAGUGGAUGACUUGUUCGUAGGCCUCUUCAAAUCAGUGGUGCGAUGUCCUGACCCUGAGUGUGGCAGAAGCUCGGUGACCUUUGAUCCAUUCUUGUCCGCCAAGUUGUCGCUAUCCAGCUCAGCAGAGCAGCGGCAAAUGGCUGUCAAUUUGGUGGUUGUCCGUGAUAGCGAUUCUUCGGGCUAUCAACAGGUCACAGUCAAGGUGCACAAAGAAGCAUCAAUCAAAGAACUUAUCAAAGCCGUUGCCGAAGAAGUCGGAGAAGGCUUGAAAGCGUCUAAUUGCAUCUUGGUAGAGAUCUUGCAAAACAAGGUGUACAAGUACCUUGAAGAUCAGGAGUCUGUGGAGACGAUUCAGUCGCAGGACAAGCUACUUCUCAGUGAAAUGCCGGAUGCCAGACCUUUCUGCAAGAGUGGAGAGCAACGUUGGGGCUUGCCAAGUGCACACAACAGUCCUGAUGAAGAGAUGGGUACAGAUGAUCAACCGUCAAGUUCCUCCUCGUUUGGCGUGGUCUUGUACCAGCGAAGGGCUGUAAUGAGCUCCUAUUCAUCAUUCCAGUACACUCGGGAUGUCGGUGUCCCACUGCUGAUGACCAUCCCCAAAGAUGCCACGGUGCGGAUGCUGUACAAGAAGGUGGAGCGGGAUCUGCAGAGACUAUUUGAUGCAGAAGAUGCUGAAUGGAAGAUCUUCAAGGUCUCCGACAGCAAAUACCAUUGCAGCUCAGACGAACAACUCUUGGACCCUGAGAGCGAUCAGCUACUUCAUCCGCAGGGGAAGGAGUCAAGACUACAUUUUGCGAUUGAAUGGCAGGCAAGCCAGGAGGAUGAGUUGCCGGACAAGUUGUUUCAGGAGCCCUUCAGCAGAAGCAGCAGCAAGGUUGAUGGUGACGUGGAACUGGUGAGGCUCCUCCAAAUGUUUGUGCAGGAGGAGAGGUUGAGCUCUGAAGAUGCCUGGUAUUGCAAUCGCUGCAAAGAGCACAAAGAGGCCUUCAAGAAGCUGGAGUUCCACCAUUGCCCUCCUGUGCUGGUGCUUCAAUUGAAGCGGUUUCAGUACACCCGGUGGUCUCGAGAACGACUCAACAACCCUGUCGCAUUUCCGUUGGAGAACCUGGAUCUCAGCCCUUACCUGACGGCAUCUGCAGCGAAAAGAUCCACGGUGAAUCCCGUGUAUGAUCUAGUUGCUGUUUCCAAGCACAUUGGCUCCCUUGGUGGUGGACACUACGUUGCUUUCUCCCGGUCGUCCAUCGACGGAGCGUGGUACUAUUUCGAUGACAGCACGGUCCGGCGGUGUUCAGAGGAGGACGUUGCAUCUGACAAGGUGGGUGCAUAUGUGCUUUUCUACAUCAGACGUGACCACCGGCCAGAGAAGUUUGGCGGUCCUUCGUGAGACGGAGUUUUGCCGGUUUUUCAGCUGGGCGUUUUCCUAAUUCAAACCUCAAAGCUGUGGAGGUGUGGCGAUUCCGU